CUUCUGAUGAAGGGACGGCGGUGGGAAACAUGGCGGUGACUCUGCGCUCCUCUGGCUGGUGGCAACACUGGCGGCGGCGUUGGUCGGCUAGGGAUGGGUCCAGGAUUUUGCUUCUUCUUCUGUUGUUGGGGUCUGGGCAGGGGCCACGGCAAGUCGGGGCGGGUCAGGCGUUCGAGUACUUGAAACGGGAGCACUCGCUGUCGAAGCCCUACCAGGGUGUGGGCACGGGCAGUUCCUCACUGUGGAAUCUGAUGGGCAAUGCCAUGGUGAUGACCCAGUACAUCCGCCUCACUCCAGAUAUGCAGAGUAAACAGGGUGCCUUGUGGAACCGGGUGCCAUGUUUCCUGAGGGACUGGGAACUGCAGGUGCACUUCAAGAUCCACGGCCAGGGCAAGAAGAACCUGCACGGGGACGGCCUCGCCAUCUGGUACACGAAGGAUCGGAUGCAGCCAGGGCCUGUGUUUGGAAACAUGGACAAAUUUGUGGGGCUGGGAGUAUUUGUAGACACCUACCCCAAUGAGGAGAAGCAGCAAGAGGCCCAGAAGAGGCGAUACUCUCCGGGAGUCCAGCGCGUGUUCCCCUACAUCUCCGUCAUGGUGAACAACGGCUCCCUCAGCUAUGACCACGAGCGCGACGGGCGGCCCACGGAGCUGGGGGGCUGCACAGCCAUCGUCCGCAACCUGCACUACGACACCUUCCUCGUGAUCCGCUACGCCAAGAGGCACCUGACGAUCAUGAUGGACAUCGACGGCAAGCAUGAGUGGAGAGACUGCCUGGAGGUGCCCGGCGUCCGCCUGCCCCGCGGGUACUACUUCGGCACCUCCUCCAUCACCGGCGACCUCUCAGACAACCACGACGUCAUUUCCCUGAAGCUGUUCGAGCUGACGGUGGAGAGGACCCCAGAGGAGGAAAAGCUGCACCGUGACGUGUUCCUGCCCUCGGUGGACAAUAUGAAGCUGCCUGAGAUGACAGUCCCAAUGCAGCCCCUGAGUGGCCUGGCCCUCUUCCUCAUCGUCUUCUUCUCCCUGGUGUUUUCUGUGUUCGCCAUUGUCAUCGGUGUCAUCCUCUACAACAAAUGGCAGGAACACAGUCGAAAGCGCUUCUACUGAGCCCUCCUGCUGCCAUCCCCUCUGUGACAACGGUGUGGCCUCAGCUGGCCUGGAUGAGGACUUUGUUCCAUCACUUUCGCUUUGGAUGAAUUCAAGGACUCUGCCUUCCCAGGGUCACCCUUGGGGACGUCUGACUGCAGCCCGGGCCACUGCUGUGACGUGCCUUUCCCUGAAUCCCUCCCCCGGAGUGAAGAGGCAUGGAGAGCAUGCGUGCGGCUGCAGGCCUGGGUGCUGGAACCACGGGGUGGCCCAUCCUCACAUCCACUCGGGGCAGCCCUCAUACCUUCAGGCCAUUUGGGUUUUGCUCUUUGCCCAAACCUCCACACCCCGAGGAGCUCCCCGUGAAACCUGUGUGGAACUUCUUUCCUGCUUCCUGUCCUCCCACUGUCCAUUGUCCUUUGAUAUGCAGCCUGAGCUGGAUGCCUCUGUGGGGCUAUCAGGGAGACUGAGGCUUCAGGGACCCUCCCUGAAGGCUCUGGGGCUUGGGCUUUGGUGCAAGGCUCCAGCUCUGUCCUCUGCAGGGGCCGUGGGUAUGUCGGCAUGCCUGGGUCCCUCUGUGCCACUUUUGGCUGGCAGUCGGCGUGCAAGUUGAGAGUAGCUGGAGAAAAGGUUGUGUAGCUGACUAGGUCUGAGUUUGCCACAGAAAGCGGCCUUUGUCACGUGCCCUGGACCUGCUGGAGCCUGCAUGUUCUCUGCUGAUUGGGAUUUUGGGAAAGCUGCUUUGAGACUGAAAGUACGAGGCAGCAUUGUUCUUCCUGCCUAUUCUGGUGCCCCCACCACCCUGGAGGAAAAUCAUCUUCUUUUCCUUGAUGGAGAAGAAAUAGUCACUGUUCUCAUGUCGUAAGCCUGGGAGGGCAAGUGGCCACUGAGCAGCACAGCCUGAGUGCUGCCCGAAUUGUCGACCCUUCUUCCACUGCCUUAUCUGACAAGGGUCACGUGCUGCUCCCCUGCCUGCCUGGAUGGAGGUGUUUUGGCCUCGGAGGUGCCCGAAGGACAGCUGUCCUUGGACCUCUGUAACUGAAGGGAAAUUCUAGAGUGGAUGAUAGAACCAGUCGUGA